UCGCCAGGAGGCUUUGCACUCCGGGCUGCAUAGGUCCUGGAUAAGGACCUCAAGAGGUUGUAGGGGCGCCCCUUGGCCCCAGCGUACUGUCUGAACCCUGUGCCCAAAGAGUUAGGGCUGUAGCAGUUCCUGCACUAACCGCCCGGAGCCCAUACCUAAGCCCUCUGGGCACGAGGGACCUCCUCUCCCCCCAAGUCCCCCCCCCCCCCACCCCACCCCCGCCCCGAAGGAAGCAAUGCGCGCGUCCGAGAGCAGGAGCGCGCGUGGCUUAGGAAAGAAAGGGAAGGCAACUGGGCAGCACAGGCCCCGCCCCGCCGCUCCCCCACCCGUGCGCUUAUAAAGCACAGGAACCAGAGCUGGCCACUCAGUGGUUUCUUGGUGACACUAGAUAGAAGAGCUCGAGCCUUGCCACUUCGGGCUUCUCGCUGCAGCUGGGCUUGGACUUCGGGGUUUUGCCAUUGCCAGUGGGACGUCUGAGACUUUGUCCUCCAAGUACUUGGCAGAUCACUGUCUUAGCAGGGUCUGCGCUUCGCAGCGGGGAUGAAGCUGGUUUCCGUCACCCUGAUGUACCUGGGUUCGCUCGCCUUCCUAGGCGCUGACACCGCUCGGUUGGAUGUCGCGUCGCAGUUUCGAAAGAAGUGGAAUAAGUGGGCUCUGAGUCGUGGGAAGAGGGAACUGCGGAUGUCCAGCAGCUACCCCACCGGGCUCGCUGACGUGAAGGCCGGGCCUGCCCAGACUCUUAUUCGGCCCCAGGACAUGAAGGGUGCCUCUCGAAGCCCCGAAGACAGAAGCAGUCCGGAUGCCGCCCGCAUCCGAGUCAAGCGCUACCGCCAAAGCAUGAACAACUUCCAGGGCCUCCGGAGCUUUGGCUGCCGCUUCGGGACAUGCACGGUGCAGAAGCUGGCACACCAGAUCUACCAGUUCACAGAUAAGGACAAGGACAACGUCGCCCCCAGGAGCAAAAUCAGCCCCCAGGGCUACGGCCGCCGGCGCCGGCGCUCCCUGCCCGAGGCCGGCCCGGGUCGGACUCUGAUGUCUUCUAAGCCACAAGCACCCGGGGCUCCAGUCCCCCCGAGUGGAAGUGCUCCCCACUUUCUUUAGGAUUCAGGUGCCCAUGGCACAACGAACAGUCGCGCAAGCAUCCCGCUGGUGCCUCCCGGGACGAAGGACUUCCCGAGCGGUGUGGGGACUGGGCUGUGACAGCCCUGCGGAGACCCCGAAUCCGGGAGGCACCCUCCGGCGGCGAUCUCUGGCUUUGCAAGGGCCCCUCCUUCUGGGGGCAUCGCUUCCUUAGCCUUGCUCAGGUGCGGGUGCCCCGUGGGGGCGGGAUGCAGCAGAAUCCGAGUGAGUGUUUGCCAGGCUUAAGGAGAGGAGAAACUGAGAAAUGAAUGCUGAGACCCCCGGGGCAGGGGUCUGAGCCACAGCCGUGCUCGCCCACAAACUGAUUUCUCACGGCGUGUCACCCCACCAGGGCGCAAGCCUCACUAUUACUUGAACUUUCCAAAACCUAGAGAGGAAAAGUGCAAUGCGUGUUGUACAUAUAGAGGUAACUAUCAAUAUUUAAGUUUGUUGCUGUCAAGAGUUUUUUUGUAACUUCAAAUAUAGAGAUAUUUUUGUACGUUAUAUAUUGUAUUAAGGGCAUUUUAAAAGCAAUUGUAUUGUCCUCCUCCCCCUAUUUUAAGACGUGAAUGUCUCAGUGAGGUGUAAAGUUGCUCGCCGCGUGGAAUGUGAGUGUGUUUGUGUUUGUGUGCAUGAAAGAGAAAGACUGAUUACCUCCUGCUUGGAAGAAGGAAACACCAAGUCUCUGUAUAAUUUCCAUAAAAUGGGUGAUAUGCGAACAGCAAACCAAUAAACUGUCUCAAUGCUGAUUCA